AUGGAGACCACUGAGUCUUCCGAGGGAUCACAGUCACGAUCUUUAGAUGUACAGCCCAGCUCCGAAGGACUAGGGUCUAUUUCGGAUCCCUUUCCUUCUUGGGAUGGCUGUCAUAGGUCAGCCCUGGAAGCUGCAACCGCAGAAGCUUCAGCAGCUGCUGCAGCCACUGCAGCCGCCUCCACUACCAAAGCAGCUGCAUUACCUACAAAGACCCCAGUGCCCUGUUCUGAACGGAGCCUUCUCAUGGAGCCCUCCUCUGAACGUCUUCUUGGGGAGCGCUACGCUGGACCCAGAUUUACCCACAAGAUAGGCCACGGGAGACUUGGCUUUGAGCCUGUCUCUGUUUCCCAUAUUGCUUGGAAUCCCUAUACUGCAAAUGACCUUAGCUCUAGCCGUGGCCCUGUUCCUGGCUCCAGCUCUAGCCCUGGUCUUGGCUUCAGCUCUGACCCUGGUCCUGGCUCCAGUUCUGGUCCUGGCAGUGGCUCUGGUCAAGGUCCUGGCGACGGCUCUGGUCGAGGCACUGGUCCUGGUCCUGCCGCUGAUUCUAGGCAUAGGCCAGGCUCUGGCCAGGGCCCUGGUUUCAGCUCCUCUGCUCCUUCAGGCUUCAAAAAACCCAGGGCAGAUCUGCUCCCUAAUUAUGCCUCCUGGAGUCACCACAGCCACUGGGAGCCUCAGAAACAACCCUGGAAAUGUUUGAAAGUCUCAGAAUCUGGUGCCCGAGGGCUGUGGAAGCCCCCUGAGGUUGAAGGGACAAGUAAGGUUCUCAAUGAAACACUGCCACGGGGCCAGUGCCUUCUCUACAACUGGGAGGAGGAGAGAGCCACCAACCACCUGGAUCAAGUCCCAAGCAUGCAGGAUGGCUCUGAGAGUUUCUUUUUCCGACACGGACACCGGGGACUGAUGACCCUGGAGCCACAGUCACCCAUGUGCUCCAGCACCACCCAGAAAGACUCAUACCAGCCCCCAGGAAACCACUCUCAGCCAAUUCGAGGGAAGCGUGAAGCCAUGCUGGAGAUGUUCUUGCACCACCAGAUCUGUAAAGAGGUGCAGGCAGAGCAGGAACCCACAAGGAAGGACUCUGAGGUCGAGUCUGUGACAUACCACGACUAUGGAAAGGAGCUGGUGCAGUCAGGGCCUCCUGCCCCAACAAAGCCUCACGACUACCCUAAGGAACAGCCUGAAACCUUCUGGCUACAGAGGGCACCACAGCUACAGGGUGUCAGUAACAUCAGGACUCUGGACACGCCAUUCCGGAAGAACUGCAGCUUCUCAACACCAGUGCCUUUGUCUCUAGGGCAGCCCUUGCCCUAUGAACCCGAGAAUUAUUCCCACCAAUUGGGGAAAAUAUCUCCCCUUGGCUGUCAGGGAGGGGCAGGUGGUGGAGGGAGGGGUAGAACUACUCCUGUCUAA